AUGCACACUUUCCCCAUUCUUGCCUCCAUUCUGGCUCUCGCAGCCUCGAUCUCCGCAGCCGCGGUCCCUAGUCAUCGCUACGUACAACUGCGUCUAUGGGGCCAGCCUCACUGCGACACCCUCAAUUUGGGAGAAAGUGGCAUCUACGGAGAUCAAACUGCCCAGUGCAAUGAAUUGGAUCCGAGUAAUACAGUUCGAUCGGUGAAUGUGGAGAGACUCGAUGCUGGAUGUGUUCUUUAUUUCUACAGUGACCUCAAGUGUGCUCUUGGUGAGCAUGAAAUUACUUCUUCGGGAUGUGUUUCUGGGGAUGCAUCCUAUGGUAGCUAUAAGCUUUUCUGUGAUGUUUAG